AUGCCGCUGCUUCCACCAGGACCAGUUUAUGUAUUGCAGAAUCUACCCAGCGUGAUUGCUCCGCCAGCAGUCGUCUGGUUAUUCGCCAAACUGCUCGCAGCAAGACCAGAACUUGGUGUCGUGCUUCCAAUCUGGGCGAUUGUCCUAGGGAGCGUUCUUUCUCUUCCGAUCCUGCUUUCCUUGAGGGUGAAGUACCGAGAUUACAAGGACAGACGGGCAGCAGCAGCUCAUGGGGCUGUGAUGCCACCGACGGUAUGGACUAGGUGGCCGGGUGGGAUCUCGCUGCUUCGCAAGGUGUUGCAUAACUUCAAGGAUGGGUACCCGAGUGAUAUUUUCGUCGAAUUUACCGAGUUGUAUGGGCAUACGUUCAACUUUAGGAUUCUUUUUGAAAAUAGGAUCUUUACGACCGAGCCCGAAUAUAUCAAGGCGAUCCUCGCGACCAAAUUUGAUAGCUUCAACAAGGGGACUCUGUUCCAGUCCCAAGUAAAAUCAUUGCUCGGUACUGGCGUCUUCAACUCAGACGGCGAAAUGUGGAAGUUCCAUCGUGCGAUGACUCGUCCCUUCUUUAGCAAGGACCGUAUCAGCCACUUCGACAUCUUCGAUCGACACGCUGCCGACGCGCUCAACCAGCUGAAGACGCGCCUCCGCGAAGGCUACUCCGUCGACAUCCAGGACCUCGCAUCGCGCUUCACCAUGGACUCUGCCACCGAGUUCCUCUUCGCCCAAGACGUGCGAUCCCUGGCUGCUGGUUUACCCUAUCCUCACUAUUCGCCCCUGUCUAUCAGCACAGCCGCCGUGAUGGUGUUGAAUCACCCCGCGAACAGGUUCGCCCGGGCCUUCGAUGAGGCCCAGCGGCUUACGUCUCUGAGGGGCCGCAGAGGAAUGAAUUGGCCGCUGGCUGAGUUUUGGAAGGAUAAAGUCCAGAAGCAGAUGGUCGUUGUGAGGGGGUUCAUCGAUCCUAUUUUGCGGGCUGCUGUGGAGAGGAAGAGAGAGUCAGCUGAUUCGUCGCAAGAGAAGAAGCGAUUGGAUGGCAAUAGGGAAGUCAAAGAAGGAGAGAGCCUGCUGGAUCAUUUGAUUAACUAUACUGAAGAUGAGACGGUAUUGCGAGACGAGACCCUCAACAUUCUCCUGGCCGGACGAGAUACGACAGCCAACACGAUCACCUUUGCCGUAUACAUGCUGGCCGAACAUCCAGAGAUCUUUCGUCGUCUCAGGCAAGAAAUAUUGGAGAAGGUCGGAGAGUCUCGUCGUCCGACCUUCGAGGACAUGAAGGACAUGAAAUACUUGAGGGCUUUCAUCAACGAGACCCUGCGCUUCUAUCCUGCUGUACCUUUCAACGUCAGGACUACCACACAGCCUGUUGUUCUGCCUGGAAAAUAUGGUGGCCCUCCUCUUUAUAUUCCUGCGAAUACGAAGAACGCGUACAGCGUCUUCAUGAUGCAUAGGCGGGAUGACCUUUGGGGCCCUGAUGCGGACGAUUUCGAUCCAGACCGUUUCCUGGACGAACGGCUGAAGAAAUACCUUACUCCCAACCCGUUCAUUUUCCUGCCCUUUAAUGCUGGCCCACGCAUCUGUCUUGGACAGCAAUUCGCCUACCACGAGACAUCGUUCUUCCUCAUCCGUCUCCUGCAGCAGUUUUCCGGGAUUGAGCACAUUGUCGAGGCCCAGCCACCUGCAUCGCGUCCACCCGCCUCAUGGAAGGGUGCGGAGGGAACCAAAGGUCGCGAUAAUGUCCGCCUCAAAACCUAUCUGACGAUGGCUGCGAGAGAUGGAUGCUGGGUGCGAUUGAAGGAAGCAGGUGGAGAGCUUUAA